CUGCUCUUGAAACAGUUCAUCUCCAUCGCGCCGCGUCUGGGCAAUUGAACACAUUCGGUGCCCGGAGAGGUUCCUCAAUGCAAAAAGUCGACGCGGCAGCGCUGUCAUUCGAGCACCUCUUGUCGUUGACGCAGUCCCACGAACAUGUCGAGUGCGUGGAUGGAUGGACCGGUGUCCUCGACCGGCUCGCAGAAAUUGACGGGAUGCAGCUAAAACACGUCGUCACGGCUGCCAAAGCCACGUUCAACAGCACAUUUGACGCUGCUACCCUCAGUAUAGUGUACCAGGUGGUGAAAAAACUAGGGUGUCGGGGGGAAAUGGAACGAAAGCUGUUGAUGCGAGAAGAAGUCCCCAAACACUUGCUUUCAUCACUCCAGAGCCAUGUCGGGGAUGCGUCGACGCAGUCCCACGGCCUUCAAGCGCUGUACCCUCUGGCGUUUGACGCGCCGCACCGCGUCCAACUGGCGACAUGUGGGAGCUUGCCCUUGUGUGUCUCGGUCAUGGCCGCGCAUCCCACUGUUCUAACACUGCAACAGCACGGAUGUCGGUUCCUUCAGCUCAUGGCUUUCGACGACGAUUGCAAGCUGACGAUAUUGACCCAUGACGGCCUGCCCGUGGUCCUCGCGGCACUCGACCGCUACUACACCGAUAAGGACCUUGCAAUUUCGUCUUCGGACUUGCUGUAUUUCCUCGUCGCCGACUUGGACAGCGACGACGAAAAAAUUCAAGGCAUUGCGUCAGCCAUAGUACUUGCGGUGGUGAGAGUCAUGUGCGUCCACGGAUCCGACGCCCGCAUUCAGUCCCAUGGAGUUGCCAUCCUCAACAGUUUGAUCGCGAAUGAUGAGGCCAAGCCACUUCUGUGCACCGAAGCAGUGCUUGACGUGGUUGAGCAGGCCAUUGGGCUCACAGACGACGCAACAACGGAUUCGAUCGUUCUCCUCUUCGAGUUAUUGCAAAAUGUGGAAUGCCGAAACGAAAUUAUAAACAACGCCCCCUCCACCUACAGAUCGAUCCAAGCGAUUGGGGCCAAACUUGUCACAGCCACCCUUCCAUCCGACGACGCAGAUAGCACGGAACGGAAGGCGUACAUUCAGCGGGUCUUGGAAGGCAUGUUGACCACGAUGGAUGCACGGGUAGCCGCAAGUCAACUGCCCACGCCAUCGACGACGCCAAGUGAACGGUCUGCAGCUGUCGUGCCACUGCCAGCUGCGCUCUCCACCACCACCAUCACGACAGAGCCUUGCAUUGAAAGCAGCGACAACCUUCAUCGGCACUCGAUACAACUCCCGUCGCCAUCGAAGCUACACGACACGACGACAGCUGAUACACUUGCGAUAGCUGUCCACGAUGAAGAGCUCGAAAAUUUUGCCGUGUGCGAUCCGAAAGAUGAACUCAACAGCAACUGCUUCAAAAUAAAGCAACGAGGUGAAGCGGGAGCCCCCCCACAAGCUACACCCUUGCCGACAACCGCGCUACCGUCGGCGCAAAUCAUGAACACUCUGCCUCCUUCUCACGGAUCUACUCCUUCAUCCAAGGCAAGAAUCGCAUCAUUUGCAACUGUUCAAGUCUCACCGGCCUCGGUGAAGUACGACAUCGGAACUCGAGAAGCGCGGACUGAGCUGGAAGCAACACGCGUGGCACUGGUGGAUGCGACGAAAGCGAUCGAGUACGAACGGGCCAAAGUUCGUAAAGUGAUUUUCAACUACAAACUCAUGAAGAGGCGGCUGGCGGACCAACACAAGCUGCUCUGUGUACACAACGAACGGUCGGUGGCCGACGCCGAAAUCCACGACACGUUACUGCAGCGUGUGCGAUACCUCGAGGCUGCACUGGAGGAGGCCCAGACUUCGUGGGGCGUCGAGCGCAACUUGCGCGUGAAGCUCGAGAACGAAGUCAGCAAAGGCGCGAUUGCUCUGGCAACCGUCCAGAAGGCUCUCGAGGAUCAGAGACCAGCGGUCAAAGAACGAAUGGUGCCGGAGACACGGUUGUUGGAUGCGCAGAGGUCGGUGCAGCAGCUUACGGGGGACAAGUUGAUCUUGGAAGAGGCCAUCAAGGUCGCCCAGGAUAUGAUAUACACGUGCGAAACCAACCAAUUCUUGCUUGAAGCUCAAGUCAAGCAGGUCCGACGAGAAGGCAUGGAGAGUUUGCUCAUGCGGGAGGAAGACGUGGAGAUUCCAAAACCCAGCAAGUACUUGACCCUGGCGUCCCCCACGGCCAAGCGGACCCAAACGUAUAGCCCCACGCCGCCCCGUGCGGAUGCGCACGACAUCAAAGAGACUCCGUUGACGCUUGAACUGAAUGACCAACAAGCCAUCGAGGCGUUCUUGCACCGGGCGUACAAAUGUUUGGAGGCGUGUUCGGAAGGGUCUGGAGUGCACUUUUCAAUCCUUCGUCGGUACCUCGUCGACAGCGGGCUCGCGUCGGCUCCCGUGCUGGUGUCUGACGUGGAUGUGAUUCUGAACAAAGUGUUGGCUGUGGCUCAAGAAAACAAGCUGAAAGCAAAGCGGCGCAAGGACUACGAGUUUUCGCCGUGCUCAAAGCGCCCCGACUUUGGCAAGUUGCGGCAUCGGUACUUCAGUCGCAACCUCUUUUGCGAAGCCAUCACGUUGGUCGGGGCCAAGAAGUACCCGUACUUGGACAACACGACCGUCAUGUUGCGGGAAGUCAUCUUGACGUAUUUGAAUCCGUACGGGUCAGCGAUCGAGUGCCGUGGGGGCGAUGUCCAGCUCCUCGUGACGUCGUACGACCCGUUCAACUUCCUCAAGAUCAUGAUGGAGCAACUCCACCAUUCGUUUCACACACCCGUGUCGACCACCGACGGCGACGACCAGCCCCAGCGCAGCAAGUCGUCCAACAACGAGCCGGUUCUGCAAGCCAUGCUCGAAAUGGUUCCGGUCCUUCAGCGCGAGCAAAAGCCUCUCAAGAUCAUAUGCGACUUUUACACGGGCACGCCGGACGCGACCAAGGACGACGCCCUCGAUUUGGGUCUCGAAGCUGUGGUGCACUUUGCCGUCGACUUUGAAGUCAUUCCUGCCUUUCUCGACCGCCUCGCUGUCAAGCGACUGUACAAGGACAUCUUGACUUUUUUCAAGACUUUCCUCGCCAUGUACAAAGGUUUUCCAUGCCCUCCAGACAAGAAGAAGUACGUGGCGUUCUACAUGACGCUUGGCCGCCUCGCGGUCGAGAUUUUCAAGGAAAAGCGCGAUUACGACUUGCCCGAAAGUCAAAUUACUGGCUUGCUCCAAUGGAUGGACAAUUCCAGGGGGCGUGGCCGCAUUGUGCGGAAGGGAGCCGCCCAGUCUGGCAUCAAGUUUUCGAAUAGGCUGUACGCAAUUAAGUGAGCGCCACAGACAAAACACGACAAUCUCUCUUAGUUGUACACACGCACGCCGCCCUCGCAUGAGCCGAGCCACCGGUCAAUGCGCUGGAUGGCGUCGUGCACUCUGCACGCCCGCUCGUUGUCGUCGAGACCGUCGUCCUCCACGAGGAACUAAACACGUUUUAAAAUUGGACCCAUG